AUGUCGAUCGAGAUGGAGACGGAUCUCGGCAAACAAGACGGCUCUCUGCGAACGUACUUGCUCGCACGCAGCUACGAUAGUGAGUGUUUGAUUCCUUUCUUGCCGUUUGCCCUUGGGGGGGGCGGGGGAGCGCGCCAGGAGGCGAAAGGAAAAAAAGAUAAAGGGCCGGCGAGAAACCCGGGGUAGAGAUGAGCCCGUGAACCCGCUACUGAAAAGCUAGAGCUCGCAUGAAGCCUUCUUUGGGCUUGCAGUGGAAAACCUGACCAGUAGGUUGUAAGAACCACGUUCUACUUCCGACUCGGUAGCAUUUGCACGCAUGCAGCUCUCGCUUCUCUUUAGAGCAGGGAAGCCGGCUCGUUUGUUAUUAUUGCACCGACCGAGCGUCGUUUCGGCGUGUAGACUUCCAUGCAUACAUGGAUGGUCCAUUGUAGAGCAAAGUGCGGCAGCAAGGCUAGCUCUCGCCGGUCGUGGCUCGCAGCGGCUGACCCCCCUCACCCUUUCUUGUUGUCUCCGUCCCACUCUCGUGCUGUGCUGUGCUGUGCUGUACAGAGCACGUGAGGGAUUUUCGACCUUGCCAUCGGUCGUGGGCAAGACCAAGCAAAAGACCAAGUAAGCCACGCCGUUCGUCCCGGCCACGCCCCCGAUCACAGCGAACAACCAAGAAUACACCACGUCAACACGGCAAGGACGACAAGAAGGCAGCAAAGAGAAAAUCUGUCUGGUUGUCUGUUGGCAUGGCUUUCUUUCUGGUUUGUCUGUCUGUCUGACUGUAGUGUCUGUCCGCCUGUCUGUGCGGUUGUCUGUCUUGCUGGUUGUCUGUUUUGUCUGGUUCUCUGUCUGUCUGUCUGUCCACUGUCCGUCUGUGUGUUUGUCUCCCUUUCUCCUUCUCCCGUUCUCCCCCUCCCUUAUGUUUGUUUGGUUGUGCUGAUGUUCCCCCUCUUGCAUCAACCCGCACGCUCCCGCAAGAAUGCCACAUGUCUCUCGAUCGGCUCGAUUUCUGCAUGACCCCCGUGUUUCAUUCUCACGAGCAAGACAACACCCCCUGCACACCGUGCUCGUGGGUCCAUUAAUUUCGCCCCCGACGCCCCCCCCCGCGCGCCGUGCACACGUGUCUUCUGCAUUUCCCUCACGGCCUUCCCACACUCCGAUGCCCAACGUCCCCUUCACGCCCGCCCGAACUUGACGACUUGUUCGUGGACGACGUGGGCGGCACCUCAACCUCCAUCGAGGCGCCGGCGGCGUCGCGGCGGGCGCGGGCAGGAACGGGGGCUUCGCAAGGGGAGCGGCGAGGGCGUAGGGCGGGGCGGCGGUUGGCGAGAGGGCGGCUCUGGUGGCCAACACGAACCCGGGGUACCACGACCACAUGCCGCAGGUCACGCCACGACGGCGCGGGAGCGAGGCUUUCGGGCAGGGGAGUGGGGGUAAAUAUCGUGAGUAGGAAGCAGCGGUGAGUUCUGUGGCAGCCCAGCUCGUGCGUCCUCCGCCGGCGCCCCGUAUAACAAAACAUGUGGCGCAUGUUGAAGAUACGUGCAACAAAUUUUGUUUCGUGUGCUCCCGGUUGGUUGUGGUGUACAGGGGUUAGUGGGCUGGGUUUGAUUUCGAGUAUGUACGAGUGCGGGAGCCGGCAAAUGUUAUUCGCUUGGGGAGCCAGAAAUAGUGCGCACUCUCGCGCUUCCCUGGCGGGCCCGUUGUAUAAUUCCGUCGCUGUGUUACCUCAAAUCCUUUUUCUCUCCCCCGCAGGCCUGGUGGUAGCCAGCGCGCCUUGCUCCCUAGUGAUGCUGCCGUUAUACUGCUUUUGUUCCUCCCUCACGGUGCUCGACACGCGUUUUGGGCGGCCAACUGGCACGCGAAAAACGGUGUUGUGUUUUGUGUUUGUUUUUCCUUUACUCGAUGCAAGCUUCGAAGCUUUUUUGUUGUGUACUUUAGAGAAUGAAGGGGCGCGAAGAGUGGGCAGCUGGGGUUUGAUAGAGUAGACAACGGCGAAGUGCGUUGAAAACCGUGAGAGGCUGAUUGGUGGUGCCUGAUUUUUCGUUCGGCUUUGGGUGCGAGAUUUGUUCGAUUGACUGCUGGGUCCGUACGACCCCUGGCUGCGGCGAUAGCCGGCUCGACGACUCGGCCCACCGGCGAUGGGAGUGGACUACAUACUGCCGUAGAUGGGUUGGGUGGAGCGCCGAUCUCGUUGUUGGCGGCGUUUGUCUGGCAAGGGUUCUUGCAGGACAUUGCCGGAGGUUUUGCAGAGAGAAACCUGUGUUCGAUAUGAUGGUGGUAGGGCGCACAUGAGUCGACCCCUCUUCUGCAGUAUAAUCGGGUGCGAUCGUUUGAGCUCAGAUACCUCGACAAAGAUGCCACCAUCAGCAAUGCGGAUCUUUUUUUGUUGUUGUUUGCUCCGG